GGUGCUCCUCUUCUUGGGCUCCUGCUGUGCUCGUCUGCUGAUCCGGUGAGCAAAUCCUCCUCCACUCGAUCGAUUCCGUCGUUUCCAUUACGCAUUCACGCUGCUCACCCACAAAUUUGUACUAUCGAUGAUUAGUUAGGGUUCAGUUCAGGAGCUCAAGCGCGCGGUAAUGGCGGCCCCCGCUGCUGAAGCCCCUGUUCUUCCGCCCGCCAAAAGGAACAAGGCGGAUCCGAGUCUUCUGCAUACCUCAGCGGCCCUUCCGGCCGCAGACUGGUCCGCCCUCCUGCCCGAUCUCGUCCGCCGCGUCGCUGACUCCCUGCUCGCCACCAACGACCUCGACUGCUACAUGGACUUCCGCGCCGUCAGCUCCGGCUGGCGCGCCGCCACCGACGACCCCAGGAGCGACCCCUCCGAUCCCCGCUUCCGCCCGCACCGGUGGGUCAUCCUCGACGACGGCGCCGACCCCCGCUUCCUCCCGUACCGGUUGGUGUUCCUGAACGACGGCGCCGACCUGCUCCUGCUGAACGCCGCCACGGGGCGCUUCCUCCGCAAGAGGACCCCGCUGCGCCGCCGCUACUCCGUCGUCGCCACCACUCCCGGCGGCCUCUUCGUCCUGGCCGACCGGAACAAUUCUCGAGCCGCCUGCGUCUUCAAUCCUCUCACCGGCGUCCUGAUCCGGUUCGCGGCACCCGUGCCCACCGAGGAGGUCGCCGUCGCCACUGUCGUCUUCGGUCGCGGCUCUUCGCCCACGCUCAACUUGUUCUGCGACUCUUCUCUGAACCUUUACAUGGCUGCUCCUGUCAGUGAAAGUUUCAACAAACAUAACAUUUCCACUUAUUAUUUCUUACGGAAGGCGGUCAGAGGCGGGUGGGGAUUAUGUUAUCCAUGGAGGUAUUUUGUUAUGUGCAAGAUCUUCGAUCUGAUCGAGUCGCUUCAUGUCGAUCCGAUCAAGUUCUUCUCUCAGGAUCUUCCUGGGGCCGGGCACACCAACGACCACAGCCGGUGUUUCCUUGUCGAAUUGGGUGGCCAAGUGCUGGUCGUCAUGAAGUUGCACCCAUGUGUCAAGGUUUUCAAGAUGGAUGUCGAUAGCAUCGUGCCAUCGUGUCUGUUGAGAGCAUCGGUAGCCAUGCCAUCUUCAUUGGUCAUCACAGGUGCCUGGCUCUUGACACCCAUAAGUUCCCGUCUGUUGAGGCCAACUGCAUCUACUGUGUUGAGCGUCUGGAUUCAUUUGCCUACAUCUGCAUGUACAAUCUCAAGGACGAGAAAUAUGAGAUGAUCUCAGCUGGGGCCGUAGAUUUCAUGAAGACAGACAAGCUGUUUGUCAUCGCCGCACACCGCCCUUUCACCAUCAUCCACCUUCUCUCCAGCUACACCAUCAAUGUCCGGGAUUCUCAACUGCCGCUACAACAGGACGCCAACUAACGUUUGGCUAUGAAGUGGUUUUAUUUUCUCUCUUAGUCUUGCUAUGAAACAGACUUGACUCUAGGUUAUUUUAACUGUGGUGGUGGAACUACUGUUUGUGGCCCAAAUUAGGACCUGAUA